AUGGAGGCUCAGAACGCUCCUGAGAUCCUCCGAACCAACUUAGGAGGAGUGGUAUUGAUGAUGAAAUCGAUAGGAAUCGACGAUCUGCUCAACUUUGACUUUAUGGAUCCCCCUCCACCACAAACUCUGGCCAAAGCUCUGGAGCAGCUCUAUGCCUUGCAAGCCUUAAGCUCAACAGGGCAACUCACGAAGUUGGGCCGUAGGAUGGCCACCUUGCCGAUGGACCCAUGCAUGUCCAAGGCUAUAUUGGCGGCUGAUAAGCUCAAGUGUGUUGAUGAGGUGAUAGUUAUCACGGCGAUGUUGUCAGUGGGCAACACGGUAUUCUUCUGUCCUAAGGAUAAGAAGCUUCAUGCGGAGCAAGCUCGGAAGUCCUUCCAGAGCCCUGCUGGAGAUCAUUUUACUCUGUUGAAGGUGUAUCGAGAUUGGGAAGGAACUAACCACAGUCAGCACUGGUGCAAUGAGAACUUCGUCCAGUAUCGGUCUAUGACCAGAGCUCGAGAUAUCAAGGAGCAAAUAGAACACUUGACGGAGUUGGUCGAAGUGGAUAGGAGUUCCGAUCCUCACAACAUCAAUGCCAUACGGCAGAGUAUAGCAGCUGGAUACUUCUUUACGCGGCACGACUGA